AUGGAUAUUGACGCACAGGAAAACCAGUUUGAAGGAGAUAGUCACGUACCUAUUGAAGAGAUGGAGAAGUUGAAGGAGUUCACUUUUUCGGGAACAAUAUUGGACAACGAUGAUCAAGAUGGAAAGCCAAAAGCCAUAAAAGAAAGCCGUCGAGAUACUCGUGAUGAUCAUCAUCUAAACCUUCGUAUCUGUGACCUUUGUGGCAAAACAUUCAGUGGUGGAAAGGCUUUGGGAGGUCACAGAAGAUCACACUUUCAGACAAAGAAAGCUGUGGGGCUUUCAAAGAACAUCAAGAAAAGUGUAGCAGGUGCUGAUUUGAGAAUGGAUUAUCAUCUUAUAAAUGGUUAUCGAUGCCGCAUAUGCGACAAAGAUUUCCAAUCAAUGCAAUCGUUGUCCGGGCACAUGAGGUUGCAUCCUGAAAGGAGUUGGAGGGGGAUUCAGCCUCCUAUACUUCCGUCAAGAAGAAACAGUAUUUCUAGCUCAAGCACAUCAGAUUCUGCAGAUGAUCACAAUAUAACUUCUACAGAUAAACGUAUGGCACCCAAUGUUGAUCUCUUGAAGUCUCUGUCUAACUGGUCACAGACUGACAGAAGAGGGCGGGGAAACAUUGGUUGCGCUUGGGCUGCUGAGAUUAUCAUGUCUUUUUCUAGAGAAAAAGAUUCACCUAUUCCCAUACAUUCAGUCUUGUUCAUGGAUCAAAGAGUUGAUCCUUCUGCAGUAGUACCAGAGGAACAAAGCAUGAAGAAACUUAAGACAGUCUCGUGCACGGAUCAAAGAGUUGAUGCUUCUGCAGUGGUAGAGGAACAAAGGAUGACGAAACUCAAGAUUCAUGGAAGUGGUACUUCCGGCAGAAAGGAAGAUGAAGAGAAGAAGAUAGCGAAGAAGAAUAUUGCUGAAGGUGGGAUGCCAGAUGAACACUUUAAAGAUAGGUAUCAGAUUGGUCAAAAGAAGAUGAACAAGAAGAAAACCUUAAAGUGUUGGGAAGAGUCGUUGAUAAGGAAUUCUGAAAUGGAGGAAGUUGAUCAUGACUUGAUUGAUAGAACUCAGAAGAUGCCGUACUGUUAUGAAUGCACUGAUUGUGGUAAAUCCUUCCCCACUUUCCAAGCCUUGGGUGCCUUGGGUGGUCAUAGAUCCAUCCACACCAAUGAUAAGAAGCUGAGACAAUCCAGAGAUUCAUCAUUUGCUGAUGCAUCAGUUGAAAAAGCUAAAAAAAGAAACAAGACAUCUUCUCGUCAUGUGGGUCGGGCUCCUGAUCAUGAUGAUGGUGAGCACAUAAGAUCAUGUGUUUGGAGAGAAGUAGAAUCACCAGGUGAAGCCUCUCAGUCUGCCCCUAAAAUAGAAUUGCCCCUAAAAGCUAGCCAGAGUAGUACUAAUAUUCGAAGAAUAUUGGAUUUUGAUCUUAACGAACCCUGUGAUAUUAUGGAAGAUUAAUCACAAGGCUGAUCAAUGAUUCAUCCUUUCCAACUUGGACUUUAUUUUCUUCUCUCAUGCCUCUUGCUCCAUCUCGGAAGUAUUAUAGAUAUAGAGCUGCCUGCCUAUUAGUUUCUCAAAUGCUGGCUUUUUUCCUUUCUUGGAUUUUUGUACUAGCUGCAUGCAGCUUUUAAGAACAGUUGUCAGUCCAUAUUUGGAGCCACAUGAAGUACAUGUUCUUCUUAUUUUCUCAUCUAUUUUUGUUACCUGUUGAUAUUUAUUUU